CAUCAUAAUCAUUACACUUCUCCUUCAAUUUCCAAAAAAUUCUUUUUUUUUUUCUUUCUAAAAUUCUCGUCCUAAUCCCCGCCUGACCCACGUAUCUUUUUCUUCUUAUCUUUACAGAUUCCUAUAUAAAUCUCCCCGCUCAUACCUGCUCAACCACCAUUUCCCAACACGGAGACUCAGAUGGGUGGCGGAGGAGACGGCGGUGGAAGCUCCGGCGUCGGCGGAUUUCGAAAUCCGUUGAGAAAUAUAGAGAGAGCUUUAAAUGAGGCAAUUGCACGCAGCUUUGUGGGGAAAUAUUUCAAGCUUGAAGCUCGAAAUAGCUGUUUUACUAAGGAACUACGAGCUGGUUUAGCCACUUUUCUUACCAUGGCUUAUAUCAUCACCGUUAAUGCCAAUAUUCUUGCUGACUCCGGCGGCACGUGCUCAAUGGCUGACUGCUCGGUGCCGGUGGACGGAACCGCUGCGCCGGACUGCAUGUUCAAGCCCAAUCCCGGGUACCAAAAUUGCCUUGCGACAGCCAAAAGCGAUCUCAUGGUCGGCACUAUUUUAUCGGCCAUGAUUGGUUCGUUCGCCAUGGGAGUUCUUGCUAACCUUCCUUUGGGGCUCGCGCCUGGUAUGGGCCCAAAUGCGUAUUUGGCCUAUAACAUAGUGGGCUUUCAUGGAUCCGGCCCAAUUCCAUAUCGAACCGCGUUGGCCAUUUUGUUGGUUGAGGGUUGCGCGUUUAUUGCUGUUUCUGCAUUAGGGCUUCGUUCAAAGCUCGCUAAACUCAUUCCCAAGUCGGUUCGGUUCGCUUGCGCUGCUGGGAUUGGGCUUUUCAUAGCCUUCGUGGGCCUGCAAGUCAACCAAGGAUUGGGCCUGGUUGGGCCUGACCCGGCCACAUUGGUCACACUCACGGCCUGUAGUCGUACAAAUCCAGAAACCGGAGAAUGCAUUGGAGGGAAAAUGCAAAGCCCAACGUUUUGGCUGGGGUCCAUCGGGUUUGUAAUCAUGGCUUACGGUCUAAUGAAAGAGUUAAAGGGCAGUAUGAUAUACGGCAUCGUUUUUGUCACGUUCGUAUCUUGGUUCAGAGGCACGGCUGUGACGUACUUCCCUCACAGCCCACUCGGUGACGAGAAAUUCAACUACUUCAAAAAAGUGGUGGACUUUCACAAAAUCCAAACCACAGCCGGUGUUCUUAGCUUCAACGGCUUCAACAGAAGCCCUGUUUGGGUAGCCCUAGCGACGCUGUUUUACAUCGAUGUGCUCGCGACGACGGGGACGCUGUAUACCCUAGCCGAAAUCGGCGGAUUCGUGAACGAACGAGGGAAUUUUGAAGGCGAGUAUAUGGCGUACAUCGUCGACGGUGGUUCCACGGUCGUCGCGGCGCUGCUCGGAGUUUCCCCCAUCGCGACGUACGUGGAAUCAUCGGCAGGGAUCAGAGAGGGAGGGCGAACGGGACUUACGGCUGUAGUUGUAAGUUUCUGUUUUAUGCUGUCGUUGUUCUUCACGCCGCUGUUAUCGAGUGUGCCGCCGUGGGCGAUCGGGCCGUCGCUGGUGAUGGUGGGAGUGAUGAUGAUGAAGGUGGUGAAGGAGAUCGACUGGGGAAAUGUGAAGGAAUCGGCGCCGGCUUUCAUAACGAUGAUUCUGAUGCCAUUGACGUAUUCGAUAGCGAACGGGAUUGUGGGAGGGAUAGGGCUGUACGUUGCUCUGAGUUUAUACGACCAGGUUGUGAGGGUGAUGAAGUGGUUGGGGAAGAUGAAAAGGGUUGUGGCGAAAGAACAGAACCAGGUAUCGGCGAGUGCGGCUAACGCAGAGUUGGUAUCUGUAGUUUAGAUUACUUUAGGGACGGAGGGAUGUGAUUGAUCUACUGGCAAUGGAAGGUGUCGGCGGCAUUAAUUUGUGGGGAUGCUAAGCCCUCCCAUUGUAAUAGAUCAACCACUUAAUUUUCAUUUGCUGUGUGCUAAUCUUUUGUUUUCGACUCCUAAUCUAACGUGUAACCAAAAUAAUGUUUCCUUUUU